GCACCCGCUGCUGAGCAGGACUUCACCCCCCCUUCGUCAGAAUCGGACAUCUGGCCUACGCCGUCGGAGCACAGCCCUACCUCCCCGUUCUUUGCCCACGCCGUCGAGCGACGCUCCUUUCGCAUGGCCAACGAGGUCGUCUUCGGACCCGCGCCGCCCAGCACCCACAGUCGUAUGAGUAUCAGCUCAUCCUCGCAGGCGUCGCCGUCGUCCACCGAGUCGUCGAGGAACACGCCCACUUUCAGUAUCACGCUGACGAGUCUGCGCGAAACGCCAGGCGACGAUGUUGUGCCCAAGAUUGAGGAACUCGACGACGGCGAGGUGGGAGACGUGAAGUUUGAGUCGUCUGCUGGGGACCCACUUCCCUCACCAAACCGAGGCAUUGUGAAACGACCGCGAGGACGACCGCGCAAACACCCCAUUACGCAAGCGACUUCAACCACGAAGCCUCCGAAAGGCCGUUCGAAGACAGGAUGCAUCACCUGUCGACGGCGGAAAAAGAAAUGCGACGAGACCAAGCCUCACUGUAUCCAUUGUCAGAAGAACAAUGUCCACUGCGAAGGGUAUCCGCCCAAAGAUUAUUGGAGGAGUGGAAAGCAACGCGCCAUCAUCGAAGGUCGCCGGGUCAGCUUCGACCGCCCUCGCGAACUGCCUCUCUUGAUCGAAGGUGUCGAAACGGAUCUGGACCGAUUCUUCCUUGAUCAUUUCAAUUUCAAUGUCAGCAGAGUGCUGAGUUUGUUUACUGACAAGCAAAACCCGUUCAAGGAGAUUCUGCUGCCGAUGGCUAUCCGACACCGCGGCCUGAUGCACUCGUUGCUCUGUCUCGCAGGAUCCCACCUUGCGGCACGGGAGCCAAACUCGUCAUUCCAAGAAAGGCAGUACCAUCACUUCCAGUGUGCACUAGAGAACCUCCGGACCGAAAAGAAUAUGGCCCGAUCAAUAUCCGGCGACACCACCGCCCUCAUCGAAGACCCAACCGUCGCCCAGACCCUCGUCCUCUGCCUCCGCUCCAUCUGCGCCGGCGAAGUCAACGGCGAAUACCGCCCCCACAUGGACGCCGCCAAGCACCUCAUCCAGACGCAGAAGUCCCCCAACCAAGAAUUCCAAUCCUUCCUCUUCGAGUUCUUCAUCUACCACGAUGCCUUGAACUCCGUCACCUCGCUCGACCGCCGCUCCGUUCUCAUGAUGGAAGACUUCCAGCUCCCGCAGUUUAUGAUCCAGCCAGAGGCCGGCGCGCUCCUCGGCGUCGUCGACGGCCUCUUCGGCUACAUCUCUAAGAUCCGCCAGCUGCGUGAUAAGAUCCGUGCGCGGCGCGAUCAGAGCCUCAAGCCGCUGGUGGACUACCAGAUCCUGAGUGAUGCGCAGGCUAUCGAUGCAGGGCUGAGGAGCUGGGUCUGCGUACAGCCGGAAGACACGCCGCGCUACACGGCCUCGAUGCUCUACCGGCAAUGCACGUGGCUCUACCUCCACCGCACCAUUCUCCCCUCCGUACCGAGUCAAAACCUCAAAGACGCCGUGGAUGAGGGGCUCUUCUAUCUCCGGCAACUACCCUCCGACAGCUCUACCCAAAGUAUCCUCCUAAUGCCACUCUUCCUCCUUGGCUGUGCAGCGUUCGAAGCCGAGCAGCGCCCAGAAAUCCUACAGGCGUUCGAGGGGCUGGAGAGUUACUCCCAGCUCGGCAACAUCAAGUACACGCGCGCGGUUGUGGAGAAGGUGUGGGAGAUGAUGGAUAAGGGGGACACGGACAGCUGGGACUGGGAGACGAUUAUCUCGAACCAGGGGUGGGAUUUCCUUAUCACAUGAACACGAUCGGCAAUGAAUGGGAAGGCUUAUCAAAAGGCGGGAAUGGGAUGUGAUACGAAAGGGAAAGGAUAUGGUAUUGCGGGUGUUCUAUGGACGGAAAGGCAGGGAAAUGCACAUGGUCUUGGCGCGACGCGGAUGGGGGCGUUCAGCGUUCUGCAAUAUUCGAACCGUCCUGUUAAUUGGUUUCGUGGGACGGGGGGCAGCUCGGUGCUAGGUUUUCUGGG